AUAAAUAAACCCCAUUUCCCUCCCAAUCAAGCGCGCUAAUACACAUCUAUACCACAUUACACUCAGCCAUGGCGAAGCCGCGCAAGCCGAAGAACGAAGACUCGAAGCCGGAUAACUCCGGAGCUGUAGUCCGUCAUCAAAAGCUCUGCCUCUCUAUUGACAUUGAUAAGCGCCAAAUCUACGGGUACACAGAAUUGGAAAUUGCAGUGCCAGAUAUAGGGAUAGUAGGGCUACAUGCGGAGAAUUUAGGGAUAGAGAAUGUGUUUGUGGAUGGAGAGGCUACGGAGUUUGAAUAUUAUCCACGUCAGCAAAAUGUGGAAAGUGAAAAGAGAUGGAGUUGGGUGACUAAUACUAGUGCAGCUGCUGAUGCUGCUGGUUCUGCUUACGUGUCUGCUCUUGAGAAAGAAUUGGUUCCCAAUUUGCUUAUUAAUUGCUGUAAAGCCGCUUUUAGGGCUCCUAAUGAACAACAACAACAUGAUCAAUUGAGCUUCGAUAGCGGUGCUGAUGCUAAUAAGCAGAAUGUGAAACUAGUUCGUAUCGUUUAUUGGGUAGAGAAAGCAGAGACAGGAAUUCAUUUUAAGGAUAACGUGCUUCACACUGAUAACCAGAUAAGGCGUGCAAGGUGCUGGUUCCCUUGUUUUGAUGAAGGUUCUCAGCGUUGCUGCUUUGAUCUGGAGUUCACCGUUGCCCAUCACCUUGUUGCAGUUAGUACUGGAAGUUUACUGUACCAGGUUUUGAGCAAGAAUGAUCCUCCUCACAAAACGUAUGUCUACAGAUUAGAUGUUCCUGUAACUGCUCAAUGCAUAUCAUUAGUGGUUGCACCAUUUGAAAUCCUUCCUGAUCCCUACGUGGGUUUCAUAUCGCAUAUGUGCUUGCCAGCUAAUAUGUCAAAGCUUCAGAACACUGUGGAGUUUUUCCAUAAUGCAUUCAACCAUUAUGAAGAGUACCUUGAUGCAAAAUUUCCAUUUGGAUCAUACACGCAAGUUUUUUUAGCUCCUGAGAUGGCUGUAUCCUCAUCAAGUUUAGGAGCCUCUGUUGGCAUCUUUAGUUCUCAAGUUCUAUAUGAUGAGAGAGUUAUUGAUCAGACUAUAGAUACAAGCAUUAAACUAGCAUUUGCACUUGCAAAACAGUGGUUUGGAGUUUAUAUAGUCCCCGAUGAACCCAAUGAUGAGUGGCUGCUGGAUGGGCUCUCUGGUUUUCUCACGGAUUUGUUUGUCAAGAAAUUUUUAGGAAAUAAUGAGGCGCGCUACAGGAGAUACAAGGCUAAUUGUGCUGUUUGCAAAGCAGAUGAUAGUGGUGCAACAGCUUUAAGCUCCUCUACUUCUUGCAAAGAUUUGUAUGGAACCCAUUGCAUUGGUCUAUAUGGGAAAAUAAGAUCUUGGAAAUCUGUGGCAAUUCUGCAAAUGUUGGAAAAGCAAAUGGGGCCAGAAUCCUUCCGCAAAAUUUUGCAGAAAGUUGUCUUACGGGCUAGAGAUGCUGUCCCUGUGAGAUCUCUUAGUACGAAGGAGUUUAGGCAUUUUGCUACUAAGGUCGGAAAUCUUGAGCGCCCUUUUCUAAAAGAAUUUUUUCCUCGGUGGGUUGGUUCAUGCGGGUCUCCAAUGUUAAGAAUGGGGUUCUCAUAUAACAAAAGGAAAAAUAUAAUUGAAUUGGCGGUGCUAAGAGAGUGCACAGCUGUACCUGAUGGAAGUACAUCACUUCUUACUGAUUCUGAUAAUCGAGAUGGUGAUAUUGGAUGGCCUGGAAUGAUGAGUAUCAGAGUUUAUGAACUUGAUGGUAUGUAUGACCAUCCAGUUCUUCCGUUGGCCGGGGAAAUGUGGCAGCUUCUGGAAAUACAAUGCCACUCAAAGCUUGCUGCUAGACGCUUCCAAAAGCCUAAGAAGGGCUCAAAGCCUGAUGGCUCUGAUGAAAAUGGUGAUGCUGUAGCUGCAACAGAUAUGCGCUCCAGUUUGGAGUCUCCUCUUUUGUGGAUAAGGGCAGAUCCAGAAAUGGAAUAUCUUGCUGAAAUUCAAUGUAAUCAACCUGUACAGAUGUGGAUCAAUCAGUUAGAGAAGGACGAGGAUGUUGUUGCUCAGGCACAAGCAAUUGCAGCUUUAGAAGCUUUACCACAACUUUCAUUUUCUGUUGUCAAUGCCCUGAAUAAUUUUCUCAGUGACUCUAAGGCCUUCUGGAGAGUUCGAAUUGAGGCAGCAUUUGCAUUGGCUAAUACAGCAUCUGAGGAAAAUGAUUGGUCUGGUUUACUUCAUUUGGUGAAAUUUUACAAAAGUCGAAGAUUUGAUGCAACAAUUGGACUACCAAGGCCAAAUGACUUUCAUGAUUUUCCCGAGUACUUUGUUCUUGAGGCCAUUCCUCAAGCUGUGGCAAUGGUUAGAUCUGCAGACAAGAAAAGCCCAAGGGAAGCUAUUGAAUUUGUUUUACAACUUCUGAAGUAUAAUGAUAACACUGGAAAUCCUUAUUCUGAUGUGUUCUGGCUUGCUGCAUUGGUCCAGUCAGUGGGUCAACUUGAAUUUGGACAGCAGAGUGUUGUCUUUUUAUCAUCUCUUCUCAAGCGCAUCGAUCGGCUUCUGCAAUUUGACAGGCUGAUGCCUAGCUACAACGGGAUCUUGACUAUAAGCUGCAUCCGUACAUUAGUACAACUUGCACUAAAGCUCUCUGGAUCGAUUCAUCUUGAACAUGUUUUUGAACUUAUUAAACCAUUUCAAGAUUUUAAGACAGCAUGGCAAAUUCGAGUUGAGGCAACCAGAGCACUGCUUGAUCUGGAGUUCCACUGCCGAGGCAUUAAUGCAGCAUUGUCAUUGUUUAUGAAAUAUUUGAAGGAAGAACCAACAUUAAGAGGGCAAGCGAAACUUGCUGCUCAUGCUAUGCGGUUAUGUCAGAUACGAGACACAUCUGAUUCUAAAGAUGAUAUCAAGAAUACAACUCUUGUGGAUUUGCUUAGUCUGCUUGAAAGCCACGGUGCAUUCAACAAUAUAUAUCUUCGACACUACUUGUUCUGCAUCUUACAUAUCCUUGCAGGAAGGGUGCCGACACUUUAUGGAGUUCCCAGAGAUAAAACGUUACGUCUUGGAGAUGCCGAACUAUGCAGUGAACCAAAGAACAUAUUUGCAACACUUCUUCCAGAAACAAAGCCUCUGGAGCCUCCUAUAGACAUCACAAAAUUUGAUCUUGAUAAUGUAGCUAUUCCAGAGGCUACUAAGGAAGCAGAUACGGUUUUGAGCAAUCAUUUUCAACAGAUGGAUUUGGUCAACGUAAAUGAUGCCAAAGAACCAGAUAUUAUCUCAGACAAUCAUGAGCAGAAGACGGUCUCAGAUAAUCAGGAGCAGAGGACGGUCUCAAACAAUCCUGAGCAGAAAACAGUCUCUAGCAAUCAUGAGCAGAAAACAGUCUCUAGCAAUCAUGAGCAGAAGGCGGUCUCAAACAUGCUUGAGCAGAAGAUGGAUUUAAUCAUUCUAGAACCUUUGGGGGAACCAGAUACCAUUUCUAUUAAUCAAGAACGCAGAAAGCCGGUAGUUAAGAUUAGAAUGAAAAGAUCUGCUGCUUCCAGUAGAGCAGAGGAGGCUGAUAAUCAAACUGUUGAGAGGUCUCGAGGUGGGCAUCAUGAAACUGAUCGCAGAGCUAGCAGCUCCAUUUCUGUUGAUGCACCCCAAAGGAAUUCCACUGAAGGUGUGAGUGCAAGCAAUCAAAAUAUUGAGGAAGUCAAUUCAUGCCUUGAUAGGGGAUCAAGACUGACUGCUAGCAUUGGCAGUGCAAAAUUAGCAAGCGAUGGAGACAAUUUUGUGAAGGAACUUCAGUGUACUGCAGAUUCAAGCAAAGUGUUUGUGCGUCCUCAGCCUGAAGAUCCAUCGUCACCUAGUGUCAUGCAAGAUAACAAUGUUGACACUGGUGCACAGAAGUACGCUAGCCUACAAACCCUCUCAGUUGGGAGAUUCGAUCUUGAUGGUGGUUCAGCAGGUGUAAUGGUAUCACCUGUUCGGGCAAAAGAAAAGGAGAAAAAGAAAGAUAAGGAAAAGAAACGGAAACGGGAGGAUCAUAAAGGGAACAAGGAUGAUCCUGAAUACCUGGAACGUAAGCGGUUGAAGAAGGAGAAAAAGCGGAAAGAAAAAGAGAUGGCAAAGUGGCUUAGUGACGAGGCAAAGGCACCUCCAGUAGACAUACCCGUCAAGAAACAGGAACCCGUCAUUAAGCAAUCAAAACCAAGCGAAUCCAGUGGUUCCAAAAUGGUGAACACGAAUGUUGAAGCCAAGCCUGAGCCAUCUGAAGGUAACUCGGCUCCUAGAUUUCGUAUUAAAAUUAAGAAUAGGACGCUGAAUAAAUCGUAGUGCAACAGCAUGCCCCUUCAUUACGGAAAUUGACGGGGAUCAGUUCCCUUCAAAUUUUUGGCUUGUAAAUUCCCCGAAUGUAUAAAGUACAUUGCUUAUCUGAGAAACUCUUUAGAAUAUCAAAGAAAAAAAGAUCGAAAGAAAAGAAAAUGAUUUUCUCCA